AGUUCAGUGUGGAUUGUCGUUUGUGCAAGACGUGCUUUUUUGUGGGGGAAGCUCAAAGAGUUCUCUUGAUAUAACAUAGGAAGAUAGUGUGCUGCAUCCCAUCCUUUCACCCCUGAAGAUAUCCCGUCAUCUCCUCUUACAAAGUCUUUUGCAAAGUCUUUUGCAAAAGUUAAUCGUUUAAGCAUCAGGGGUUUUGAGAGGAAGAAAAAUUCUCAACUCGAGAGCUUCCCGAACAAAACUUCUCCGAAAGUUUAUUGAGUGAUCAGAGUGUUUCAAUUGAGACAAGCAAAAUUAAGUGAGGACUGAACUCGACCUACAUUUAAUGGUGAUUCAAUGAAAACGAAAGUGUAAGCUUGAUUAUGAUUGUGUAAAUAUUUUUACAUCACUUGAGGACAUCGACAUGUAAUGAGAGUGGAAGUGCGUGGGCGAAAAAAUGGGCUUUCUGGGCCAUCUUCUGCUGGUGCUCUACCUCCUGUGCUUUGGUAAAGGUGUCAGACUAUUGGAUCUGCAGGGGCCUGUAUUCCUCCAUGAGCCACCACAUCGUGUUGAGUUCUCAAACAACUCACUCACAACAAUUGAAUGCUCAGGCAGCGGAAGUCCUGCACCAGAGGUGGAAUGGUCUCCCGUUUUACCCCAUCAGGACUUGGUGUUUCCCCUGUCAAAUGGAAGUCUCCUGUUUUAUCCAUUUUCAGCUGAGAAAUAUCGCCAUGAGAUACACUCAACUGUCUACAGGUGCAAACUGAAGAACCUGGUGGGAGCAAUAAUUAGCCGAGAAGUUCAUGUGAAGGGAGUUGUAAAUCAGAAGUACACGGUUCAGGUGCACGAUGAAUACGUCAUGACGGGAAAUACGGCGGUUCUCAAGUGCCAGGUACCCAGCUACAUGUCGGACUAUGUAAUGGUGACUGCGUGGGUGCAAGAUAGUGGGAUGCAUCUCUAUCCCAAUACAGAUAUAGGUGGGAAGUAUACGGUGCUGCCCAAUGGGGAUCUAUAUAUAAACAAUGCGGGCCCCAGUGAUGGCUUUAAGACUUACACGUGCCGAGUAGUUCAUAAACUGACAGGUGAAAUGCAGGUAUCCGCGUACCCGGGCAGGAUAAUUGUGACCGAACCCAAGGGGAUUGUGCAACCACGAAUAAACGUUGAGAAGCACUCGUCACGCCAUGUGACACUCAAUGGACACAUAACGUUGCCUUGUGCGGCACAGGGGCAUCCCGUGCCCACGUACAGGUGGUUCAAGGAGGAGAAUGAGCAACUACUCCCGGUGCAAUUCAGUGAUCGCAUCACAAUCCUCUCAGCGGGAUUGCUGAAGAUACACAAGGCACGACUCGAGGAUACCGGGAAGUACCUCUGUUGGGUCAAUAAUUCCGCUGGCGAAGAGACAAUCCAAGUUAUGUUAACUGUUUCAGCUCCACUGACGGCCCACCUACAGCCCCAGGUGCAGACGGUGGAUGUGGACAGGGACGCCCACUUGCAGUGCAUCGUGUCGGGCUUUCCCGUACAAGACAUCGUAUGGUUGCACGAUGGUAAACCCAUUUUGCGAGACAACAGAAUUGAAAUUCACUCCGAACCACCACGAAUCAUCAUCAAGAGGGUGCAAAAGGACGACCAAGGAAUGUACCAGUGUCUUGUAACAAAUGAUUGGGAACAAAUUCAGUCGACGGCUGAAUUGAAGCUCGGAGAUGCAUCACCGGAACUUCUUUAUUGGUUCUCGGAACAAACACUCCAACCAGGGCCGACAGUGUCUUUGAAAUGUGUCGCCACUGGAAACCCCCCACCGCAGUUUCAGUGGACACUAGACGGAUUUCCGAUUCCGGACAGUUCACGCUUUCUUGUUGGACAAUAUGUGACCAUACAUGACGAUGUGAUAAGUCACGUCAACAUCUCCAAUGUAAAGGAUGAGGAUGGCGGGGAGUACAGCUGCACAGCUCAAAAUAGUAUUGGAAAGGUGAGCCAUAGUGCAAAGGUGAACAUCUACGGGCCACCAUUUAUUAGGGAAAUGCCCAAAAUUACGGGAGUUUCGGGAAAAGAUUUGGUUGUCAAGUGUCCCGUGGCUGGGUAUCCAAUUGAUAAGAUUCAUUGGGAACGCGAUGGGCAGACACUGCCAAUAAACCGUCGACAACGUGCCUAUGCGAAUGGGACGCUAAUCAUUGAGCAACUCCAGAGACUUGAGGACGCCGGGACGUACACGUGCAUGGCGCAGAGUCGUGAGAGGCAAACUGCGAGGCGAAAUGUGGAAAUUCAAGUACUCGUCCCGCCCAAAAUUAUGCCCAUCCAGGCAAUGACAAAUAUGCUCCGGGAGGGUAUGAGGGCAGCAAUUUCCUGCCAAAUUCUCGAAGGAGAUCUCCCGGUGAGCUUUCGUUGGGAACGCAAUGGGAAGCCGGUAAUUGGGACGGGGAAUGAGGUGAUAAGGCGUCUUGAUGAGUACUCUGCCAGUUUGGUGGUGGAACACAUAUCAUCUGAACAUUCAGGGAAUUAUUCCUGCAUCGCCAGCAAUGUGGCAGGAACGGAAAAGUUCACCGUACCCCUGACUGUUAAUGUUCCGCCAAAAUGGAUAAUUGAACCGAAGGAUUCAGCUGCCCAGGCGGGGCAUGAUGUUAUGCUCCUGUGCGAGGCAGAUGGCUACCCAAAGCCCGUGAUAACGUGGAAGAAGGCCAUCGGGACGAGUCCGGGGGAGUACAAGGACUUCCUGUAUGAACCGAAUGUAAUUCAAUAUCAAAAUGGGACGAUUCAUUUCAAGAAGGUCACAAAGGAGAGUCAAGGGCACUUCCUGUGCGAGGCAAGAAAUGAAAUUGGCUCCGGGGUGAGCAAAGUGAUUUUCCUGAAAGUCAACGUUGCCGCCCAUUUUGCCACGAAAUCCAAGCAAAUCUUCAUAGCUCGCGGCAAGCAGGUACACAUCCAGUGCAACGUUCAGGGUGACACCCCCAUUGAUCUCAAGUGGCGCAUCCAGAAUUCACAGCAGCACCUCGAUGAAUCCAUCGACGCCAGAUACACAAUCAGGGAACAAACUCUCGACGACGGAAUGGUGUCAGAGUUGGGUAUUUCACAUACAUAUCGUCAGGAUACAGGAAUGUACAUUUGCCAAGCAAGUAAUGCCUUUGGGCAGGAUGAAAUGACAAUCCACCUGAUUGUUCAGGAAGUACCGGAACCACCAAAAAAUCUCCGUAUCAACGCCCAACAAUCGCGAAGUUUGCAACUCUCGUGGAGUACCCCAUUUGCGGGGAAUAGCCCCAUUGAGGAGUUUCAUGUGCAGUACAAAUUCAUCGCUGAUACGUGGCAGACGUCGGAGAGGAUCACUGUGAGUGGAUCACAAACAGUGAUCACGAUAUCCAAUCUCAAGCCCGCCAAGACGUAUCACAUCCGUAUGGCAGCUGAGAAUAAAUUGGGAGCUUCGGAUUUCUCAGAAGUUGUUCAGGUCACAACACUCGAGGAAGUUCCUUCGGGGCCACCACUGAAUGUCCGUGGAGAAGCACGAAGUUCAACGGAGAUUUUUGUCUCCUGGGAAGCUCCGGAGGUUGAUCAUCGCAAUGGGAAUCUCCUGGGGUACUACGUUGGCUACCAAAUGGCCUCAAUGCGAACGGAGGUGAACCCAACGCAAGGAUACAACUUCAAAACAGUCGAAGUUCGUUCGCAUUUUGGCGGAGAGACAAGCUUGGUGGCUCUAAAUAAAUUCACACAGUACCACAUAAUUGUUCAAGCGUACACUAGUCAAGGUAGUGGACCACAGAGUGAGGAGAUCCUCGUGAAUACCUUGGAAGAUGUACCAACAAGCCCACCUGAGAGCCCUAAAUGUGAUGUUCUCUCCUCCACAUCCAUCUACAUCACAUGGUCCCCACCGAGUGUUGAUGGGCAGAAUGGGAAGAUAAAGGGCUACAAAGUUUCCUACAUAUCCGUUGAGGAUCUCUACGAGAGGGAUCCACAUACGGUAAAGUCCAGCAAUCAAUACCUCACUGUUGACAAUCUCCACAAGUUCACCAACUACACCGUCUGGGUGCUGGCCUACACCAAAGUCGGGGACGGGGUGAAGACUAAGCAAUUCUACUGCCGUACCCAUGAAGAUGUUCCCUCGGCACCUUCAGCCAUUAAAGCUAUUCCUGCCUCAAGCACCAAGAUCAUCGUCUCCUGGCUACCACCUCUUCAUCCCAAUGGGGAGAUUACUGGCUACACGUUCUACAUGUCCGUCUUCGAGGGUGGCAGGGAUGAAGGGACGCACAAGAAGAUUCUCGCCCCCAAUGUGGAGAUGCACGAAACACAACGACUUCAGGAUGGUGCCACGUACCAAUUCUGGUUGACGGCUUCCACAAAAAUAGGCGAAGGUGAAAAGACGGAAGUGAAGACGGUGCAACCAAAUAACAAAGUCCCCGCGAGGAUAGUCUCCUUCAGCCGACGCAUUGUGACUCCGUGGAAGCAGGAUCUUGUACUGCCGUGCAAGAAAGUCGGCGUUCCGGCUCCGAUAACAAUUUGGCGCCAAGAUGGUCACUCGAUGGAUACGAAUUCGCGGAAAUCCAUCGCUAAGAAUGGCACACUCACGAUCAGGGAUUGUCAGCACGCUGACGGGGGGAACUACACGUGUAGUGUGGAGAAUACGUGGGGAAAGGAUGAAAUUAUCUACCAUUUAAUCAUAAAAGUUCCCCCAGAUCCACCCAAUUUAACCGUCGUGGCGACUUACACGGAUAGCUUGCAGCUCGAGUGGGCGGAUAACAAGAACGGUGGUAGUCCCAUCUUGGGCUACGUCAUAAACUACAAGAGGGACAAUGGAGACUGGGAAGAGUUGCAAAUUGAUUCGAAAACCAAUGCACAUCUCUUGGGGAAUUUGUGGUGUGGCACACGGUAUCAGUUGUACAUCACGGCACUCAAUAAGAUCGGAACGGGGCUUCCGUGUGACAUUGUGAACUCCUUCACGAAGGGCAAUGCUCCCGUGCAACCGAAGCACAACCAAAUGAUCACCAACAACUCAACGAGCGUCACAUGUUGGCUGGAUUCAUGGGGAGACGGUGGUUGUGGGAUCCUCUACUUCGUCAUCGAAUACCGUCCAUUUGGGCGAUCACACUGGAACGUUGUUGCUGGUCACAUAGCGCCCACAGAACGAAUUUACACGGUGAAUGAUCUUUCACCAUCAACAAAGUACCAACUAAAGGUUACAGCUCACAACAAUGCCGGCUCCACUGUGGCCAUAUACAACUUUACAACUCUUUCACCACAAGGAAUUGUCUAUCCAGGUGACCAUCCACCGUCGGUAUCACACAAUUUGGGCGAGAGUAGCUUCUAUGCAAACUUCAAGGUUCUCCUGCCAAUCUCACUUUCAAUCCUCAUCCUCCUGAGUCUCAUUGCGGCUGUUCUCAUAAUACGAAAACGAAAAAUGAACGCACAAAAUCGUGUACCGUCUUCAUCAAUAUCGGAAUCACCCUCAUUGGCUAAUCUGCAGAAUAAGGCGAAUAGGGAUCAGCAGUACCUGGCUGUUAGGUGCAACCAGGGUAGCAAUCGGAAUAGCAAUUCAGCGGAUUCGGGGAGUUUUAAGGCCGAAGGCAACGAAUACAUCGAGGACAUUUGUCCAUAUGCAACGUUCCAACUUAAUAAGCAAACCUACAGCGAAAGUUCAUACAGUGGCAAUGUCUACAGUGGACCCUAUCACUCAGUACGGGGAUCCUUUGUCUACCACGACGUCAAAACAGACAGCUACCACAGCAAAGAACCCGAAUAUACAAAAGUCCGCCGAAAAGGUGGAAGAUUGCGGGAUCCUCACUCGGAGAGUCAAGAAUCGGACAAUCCAGGUUCAACAGAUUCCGAAGUGAGGAAAAUCUUAACGCUUCACAUACCAAUUACAGAAUACGACACCUUGGGCUCCGAAUCCGACAACGAAUUGACCUCUCGGGCUGUCAAUCAAAAGAAAUAUCGACCACAGAGAGAUUCUCAGGAUGAGACGUCUUCGUCAUCGGAAAAUUCACCUUCGAACAUAUCAGCGCGAAAGACAAAACCACCCCCAUAUUCGGCACGAAAGGGCGCCAAACCAGCGCAAAAUAUCCCAAAGAGGCACGUACGUAGCUCCAGUGGCUACUCAAGUCACAACGAGGAAACGACAUUCAGUAUAUCGAACUAUCCGAAUUAUUCAGACGACCACAUACAUCCACCGCAUCAUUUUUUGGAUUCACCCUCAGGCGGGGGAGCGGGUGAGAAGAAAACAAGCCAUUCACCCCGUAUUCGAUCCGCGCAGAAACUCCAGCGAGAAGCUUUUCAAAUUAAUGUAUAAUAAUAAAAUAUAUAUAAAAUAUAAUGAGAGACAUUGGCGAGAGAGAGCUAUUACCUUGUUUAGCCAAGUGAUUGGUGCAGGAUGAACGAUGACGAGGGAAAGGAAGCGAAGUCCUGAUUGAAGUUAUUGAUGAAAAUUGUUAAAUAAAAGCGCCACGAGCUGCAAACGUUUGAUUUGUGCGCGAGAUUAUUGUAACGACGACACAAUCGAUGUAAUAUAUACGUCGCGGGAGGGAGAGAGGGAGGGAAGAGAAAUCUUAGCAAAAUAAAAAAAGGAGAGAAAAGAAAAGAAGGUAGAUAGAAGAUAUUUUUAGCUCAAGAAUUUGUUGAUUUUAUACGUUUUUACUCAAUAUUUAACAAAAAAGUAUAUUUUUAAAUUAUUCAAUGAAAAAUUCAUUCUGUAAAUAAAUUUUAUGCAGCGUAUUUAAUACGCUCUCUAUGGAAAAAUUAUAUACAAUUACACUAUAUAUAGUUCAAUUUCAUAAAUUGAUUCAUUUUUUUUGGGGUGGAGGAGAAGAUUUAUUGGAUAACAAACAAGCCAAAGUGAGAAACAAUGAGUAAAAUAUUUUAUGUAGAAGGCAAAUAGUUAAAUAUUUUACUUCAAUUUAUGACUCCACAACAUAUCUUUGAUAAUGUGAAUGAGAUAAGAUAAGUUAAGCCCAUUUUAUUUUUUGCUUCAUUCUCACGACCCAUCAACACUCAAUUUCUGAAGUAUUUUAUCUUUGAAUGAAUUUAUAUGGUUUUUUUAUGGUCGAAUAAACAAGGAGAUUUAUACCCAAAACUUUACCACUAAAAUGUAUGAAAAAAAAAAAACAACUGUCUCUCACAUUCUUUUUAUAAAGUAUUUUGAAUGCAACACUUAGAAGCCCCUAAAAAUUAUCUAUCGAUACUUAACAAUAAGUUUUAUUACUUUCUAAGUUUCCGGCACUUAGAUUGAUUUUAUUUCAUGUUUCUGUUUUUUUAUUCAUCUUUCUAAAAGUAAAGCAAAAAUUUACAUUUAAUAAAAGGCAAGCUCUAACAUUUUUUCUGCUGAAUUUCAAUUGGAAGUUAGGUAAUAUAACUGAAAUCCUACGGAAAAAAUAUUAGAACUAACAAGCUAACUAGAAUUGUUAGGGAGUUAUCACACUUGAGCUCUAAGCGCUUGAUGCUUAAGAUUUUACAUGUGACAAAACGAGAAAAAAUACCGUUGUUUUCUCUUUCGUACUCACAUAGAGGUUAUGAUGCUCAAGCACUUGGAGCUUAAGUGUGAUAGCCCCGUUAGGCUUUAAGGAGCUUCGAGUUGUUCUUAAAAUGUUAAAUUAGUUUGUUUUGAAAUUCUUCCACAUCUUCUUUAUCACGUCUAUUUAGUUUUAUUCUUUCAGUUCUUCCAAGCUUUUCCCUACUUUACGCAAUAUCUCAUGAAGUUCAUCUUUCUUUGCCUUUAUAGUUGCAAUAUGCUGAUUAAUAAUUGAUUUCAAAGAAUCAAAUAAAUUAAUUCAUUUCAAGGGGCUUCUUAGUGUUAAUAAAAUGAAGAAAUUUAUAAUAUUAAUUCUAUAAGUAUUAUUUACUACUUGAAGGAAGGAUAAUGUGCCAAAAGAAAAACAUUUUCACUAAAAAAGAAAACUAAACUUGAAAAAUAAAUAUUUUAAACUUCCAACUAAUUCCAAUUUAUUAAUUUGCCAAAAAAUAGCCCAAGAAGUAACUUCUAGAAAUGACAAUAUUAUAAACAAACUAACUAAAUAAAUAACCAAUAAAAAUCCUUUUUGUUACAUAAUACACAGACACACACAAACAACACAUAUAAAGACAAAGAAUGGAAACAAAAUAAAAAGAAAUGAAUAGAAAUUUAAGAUGAGAUUAUUGUAAAAGAGAUUAAAAAAAACUAUUCAUAUAUUGAAAAUAUAUUGAGAAAAAAUAUAAAGAAAAUUUAAAAAAAAAAAUAAAUGUACAGAUAAAGGAAGCAUCACAGAAAAGGAGUUGAGUCAUUCAAGGAACUGUUUUGCAGUGCUUUUUAUUAAUUUUUUUUAAAGAAAGUUUAAUUCUAAGAACUUUUUAAAUUAUUUUUUUUAGGUAUUGAAAUUUUGGUUUUAGAGCCUCAUGCAUUAAAAGUAAGGCUACAAAUCUGCAUUAAGAGAUUAGCAAUGUAAUUAGGGUCUCUAAGAGUGAUAUUCUGUGGGUUACAGACUUUUAACCUAUCCUCUGUUCCCACAAAAUUUCACUGUGUGCCCAUAACUCAAGCAUUUCGUACAAUAUUUUCAUUUUAUUUGGAAGCUGACCUUUAAAAAAAAAACUUUGAAAAUUCUCUGGAAAUCGAAGACUUGAUUGCUUAAAGUUUAUUCUUCCUUUCAGCUUAGAUUUCCAUCCAUCAAAGCUAAUAGUUCUCUUUACGCAAUUAGUUCAAAGAAUGAAUUCUGAUAACUUAUUAAAUUGUCAUCGAACCAGUUGUUGAUAAGUAGGAUCACUGUAAUUCGAGGGCUAAAUUGUGAAACCUUUCAGCUCUAUAACUGAUUUAGAAGGUUUUACAAUUUAGUCCUCGAAGUGCCUAAACUUAUACUUUUUUUUUUAAAUUCUGUAACAAUUAGUUUAAAUUUAAUUCAGUUUCAAAAGUUUAUUAAAUUAUAAAGAUUACAGCUCUUUUACCUUUUCCAAUUUUACAUAUUUCUAACUGAUCUUCCUUCCUAUGUCCUCUUCAUCUGCUUAACCUUCUAUUGAACACUCCUGUUCUCCCUCAAACACUUCCGCAAACGAGGUUUCAUCUUAUGAAUCACAAAAAUAUUAAUUUCUGUAUUCACCGAAUCUUUAUAAUUUAAGAAAUUUCUAAGAAAACUAUCGCAAACUUUUAAAAAUAUAUAUAUAUCGAGGGCUGCAUUGUAAAACCGGCUAACUUUGUAUAGGCUUCGAACCGACUUGGCCGUUUUUACAAUGUAGCCCUCGAUAUGUAAUAUAUGAAAAAAUCUAAGUUAGAAAGCUUUUUUGGAAAAGAUUCUUUAAAUUUCUCGUCUCAAUUUGAAAUGUUUUUCAGUUUCAUUUACUUUGAUGAGAAUUUUGAUUAAAAAUUGUUUUUUUUUUUUUCAAGACGAUUUUGAAGUCAGAAUUCGCAAAAAAUUCAACAACAAAAAUUUGUAUUAAUGAAAAAGAGAUCUAAAGUAAGUUUCUUUGAUGGAGAUUUGUUCUGAGACUACCCACAGAAUAAAUAUCACGAUCUUGCGUAUCUUUUUAAUAGGUUUUAUGUGGACGUAGCUUCCGUAGAACUCUAGACCUUAAUAGGAAGCAAACCAUAAAAGACGUUUGAAAUAAGGAAUAUAAUCUCAUUAUAGGGAAAUAAAUUUCAUUUAUAUAGCCUAAAUCUAGGGAUUUUUAAGAAAAGUUUUUUUCUGGAAAAGAUUCCUCAAAGUCCUGAUUGAAAGAUUUAUAAGCUUUUUUUAUUUUUUCAAAAUAAAAUCUAAAUUCUCGCAGAGUUUUUAAACCUUUUCAGCCACCUGCAGAAGAUCCAGUGAAGGUAUUGAAAGUUCUGGGAAAGUUUAAAUCUUAAAAAAAAAACCCUUAAAUUUCAUUUGCAUCAAAUCAACUCCAUUGUGAAAGCUAAGGAAUUAUGAAAAGCAUUGCAAAAUGAGAAAUAAAACAUUCUCUGGACUCCACUGAGAAGAAGUGAUGAGGAAAUUUGUGCCAUUACUUUCAUUUUUUUUUAAUUCUUUUAGAGAAAAUAAAAAAAGAAAACCUUUCCGCAUUAUAUAUUGUUCCUGCAAUGUUAAAUUGUAUCUUUAAUGAUUAAUUAAUGUUUCUUAUUUUAUUACUGGCAGCCUUUUUGUUCCUUUUUUUUUAAGACAAUGGAGAUAAAAGAAGAAGGAAAACAAACAAACCCGCGAUGAGAUAAUAAAUGUUAAUCGAUAAAAGAAAAGAAAAA